AUGGAAAAUGAAUCUUAUUUUACAACUUUUAUCCUUACUGAAUUUCAGUACUUGGGGAGUAAUAAACACAUAUACUUUUCUCUUGCACUAACAGCCUAUCUUUUAAUCAUAAUUUUUAAUUGUUCAUUAAUAUUAUUAAUAUAUGUUGAAAAACACCUUCACGAGCCAAUGUACAUUUUUCUUUGUAAUUUGUUAUUCAGUGAGCUUAUUGGAUCUACAACAUUUUAUGUUAAGUUCAUGAUUGAUCUUCAAGCAGACACGCAAGAGGUUUCCCGAGCAGUUUGUUUUAUUCAGAACUAUUUUGUUUACCUUUAUGUUACAGCUGAAAUCACAAUUUUAACAGUUAUGGCACAUGACAGGUAUAUAGCAAUAAAUUUCCCAUUGCAUUAUACUGUCAUCAUUUCAACUAGAAAGAUACAAAUACUAAUUUUUGUUGCUUGGAUUUUUCCAAUAUUAAUAUUAAUAAUUGGUAUGUCAUUAUCUGCACGACUUCCAUUAUGUGGUAAUCAAAUUAACAGGGUGUACUGUGCUAAUUGGGAAAUUGUCAAGCUGUCUUGCACAAACACUAAUUCUAAUAAUAUUUAUGGAUUUUUGUUAAUGUUUACAUGUUUUAUGCCUUUCAUAUUCAUUAUUUAUUCUUACAUGAAAAUUCUUAAAGUGUGUUGGAGCAGUUGUAAAUCUCAGAAAUAUAAAGCUCUUCAAACCUGCCUCCCACAUUUGGUAACAUUAAUUUUAUUUCUAAGUUCGGUACUUUUUGAAGUGAUAGAAAGCAGGGUUAAUAUAAAGAGAGUCAGAAACGUCAUCACUUCUUUUGCUUCUUUAGAAUUUUUAACUGUUCCUCCUCUUUUAAACCCAAUAAUAUAUGGCAUGAUCUUACCUGAGAUUCGUAAAAGAGUUAUUAGAAUACUUUCAUGUACAAAGAAAAGAGGCAGCAUUAAAUCACUCAAAUAA